AUGGAGCAAGAUCGUCUGUGGAAGUUCCGCCGGCCAGAGUGGUUGAACAAUGUCUGGGCGCGCAAUUCAGGCGUCUACGCCUCCGGAGCGCUGUUCUGCGUCGCCUUCUUCGUCAUGCUCGAUUCCGCCGUCUGGUCCAAGUCGUCCAUGAACGGCUCCAACGUCCAUGUCAAGUUCGUCGACUGGCUGCCUUUCCUCUUCUCCGCCUUUGGCAUGUUGAUCAUCAACUCGGUCGAGAAGCAGCGCCUGAGCGCCGACUCCUUCAGCUACAGCGGCUCGGGCGUCGCCUGGAAGGCCCGCGUCGUCCUGUUCCUGGGGUUUGCUUCCCUGGCGGGGGGCAUGGCCGGCGGCGUGACGGUCUUUGUGCUCAAGUUUGCUGUCCCCGGAGUUUCCAUGCCCGCACUCGGCAUGGGCAUCGAAAACCUCGUCAGCAACGCGCUCGUUGGGCUCAGCUCCGUGGUCCUCUGGGUCAGCCAGAACAUGGAGGACGAAUACGCGUACAACCUGUCGAUAUAA